AUGGAUUCUAAAACAUUUGUUGUCUAUGAUCAUGUAUCAUAUAACUUGUUCUAUCGAUCGGAGAAAGCAAAGGAUCAAGAAAAGCUCUACCCAUAUUAUGUGUUAGAUGAGCAUCUAGAUGUGAAAAGAUUGAGAGCUCAUUUGAAUCAAUUUGAAUUUGAAUCAAUUGUAUUGUGUGUGAUGAAUGGUGAUGAUAUCGAUGAUGGUGCAGCAUUAUCAUUCGAUGGUGAUAUCAAUUUCAACAAUAACAAUAACAACAUUAUUAAUGCCAACAACAACAACAACAACAAAAACAAGUUAAACAACACUUUCAAUGGUGGCAAUAAAGAGAUUACUUUCAAAGAUGGCAAAUACAACAAUGUUAUAAAGACACUCUUGGACUAUCUAAGAGGUGGUAUUCAAAGAAAAUAUAUAAACAACAACAACAAAAACAAUAAUUCAAAUCAUUAUCUUUACAAUACAACACCAAGAAGAAUAAUUACACCAAAGUUGGGUAUUAUUCUUAUUACGAAUGAAGAUUUGGAUGGCUUUGGAAUGACAAACUACAUAGAGUCAAACAUUGAAGUGAAUAUGCCAUUCCUCUAUAAUAUUAAGAGAUUGUGUGGUCUUGACAUCGUAUCGAGUACCUCCACUGCGAGAGAGUUGAACAACCGUAUCGACAAUAUGCUGAGAGAGAAUGCAUUCCAUUGGAACUACGACAUUGUGAUGCCACGUCGUGUAGGCGGUCACAUAACCAAAGACAACUUCUAUCCAGUGGUUUCCAACAACAGUAGCAGAAGCAGCAGCAGCGGUGGUAACAACAACUCACUUGCAAUCACAAUGAUGCUGUUCCUUAUCAAACUCCUAUUGGCAACGACCGUUCUAUUCUUCUUUUUGGUGGUACUUAACGAUUUCUGUGCAAAGUCGGCAGAGCUAUCAUAUAUCAAGCAAGGACACAGAAUUGAUCCAUUACAGUUCGAAACCCUCAACAAUAAUUAUGACCUAUGUAAAGAAGACGUGAAUGUCCUACACCAGAGAGUAGUGAGUUCAGAUGAAAUAAUAAGUAAAGGAAUUACACUUCAUUCGCCUGAGGGUCACACCUUUAAAUAUAUUGCACCAAAUCACACCAACUUUGAUUUUAAAAUUCUCAAAUCACUAAACACACAACAGCCUUCAUCUGAUAACAACAACAACAACAAUCACAAUAAUAAUAAUGAAGAAGUUCAAUAUUUCACAAAUUACCUACUACCGUUUUACAAACAAUAUAUACAGUCCCACUAUCAAGAUUACAUCCAUCCUAUUUACACCAAUUAUAUAUCCACCUUAUUAGACAACAAACAGCAACAAGAAGAAGACAAAACUAGUACUACUAUUCAACAUUAA